CAGCGAACGAACGAACAGGCCGACUUCCAGUUGGUUGGCUCCGCCGUUUGAAACCAAAGUCCAAUGCGCCGACUCCUGCGCUUUCCAGUCAAUACCAGGGCCGGAGCUGCACUACGACUUGAAUCGAUGCGCCCGCGAGUUCUCGUUCAGUUUGGCAGGUAGCAGGGCCGACACUCUGUCACUCUGCCGCCGCCAAAGUGCCCGCACUGAGUGCAACCAACAAUCGCCGCCAUGAGUUGGUCCGCCUUCCUACUGACAUACCUUCUCGGAGGCAUAACCUUUCUCCCGCUGCUCGUGAUUGCCGUCUUUGCACACGCCUACUUCAAUCUCCCCUACCGCCAGGAUGCCGACCCCUCGCGGACCGAAACCGGCGGUAACGACGACCUAGUCCAGCCCAGCGACGACCUCGAGCCCCUCAAGGCAACACAGAAGGACGGCGCCAAACCUCGGGCAGUCCAACAUGAGCAGGAUGUUGCGGCUGGCUACUUCGCCGUGUGCCGCGAGUACACGCCAAUGGGAAUCAACGCGAAGCCGAUUGAACGUGCGACACCCGUCGGCUCGGCCACGGUAGCUGCGCCCAGCCCCAGUGUCUAUCAGACCAUGUACCGCAGCAUCUUCGACCGGAAGCAGAAUCAAGGACCCUUGGAUGCUAAGAAUGGCGCCAGCCAGCGCCCCAAAAAGGCUGGCAAUGUGUUUUAUGUGGUGCUCAGACACGGCCACCUGAUGUUGUUUGACGAUGACGAGCAGCUCGAGGUACGCCAUGUUGUGUCUCUCGCCCAUCACGACAUCAGCAUAUACUCUGGGGAACCAGUGACGCCAGAGGGGGAGCUGUGGAUCAAGCGCAACGCUAUCUGUCUUUCGCGUCGGACGGGUGGUCCGGAACUGAGCCCGGACAGCCAGCUGUCGAAACCCUUUUACCUGUUCUCUGAGAAUUGCUCCGCAAAGGAGGAUUUUUACUUCGCCCUGCUGCGCAACCAGGAACAAGCCGGCACCGCGGGAAACAAGGCACCGACACCCAUCCAGUUCGACAUGGAAAACAUCAUCUCGCUAGUUCAGAAGCUCCACUCAUCCGAGGAACACAUGCAGACUAGGUGGUUGAAUGCCAUGAUUGGAAGAGUGUUUCUGGGAGUCCACAAGACCAAGGACAUGGAGAACUUCAUCAGGGAGAAGCUUACGAAGAAAAUAUCCCGCGUGAAGCGACCGGCGUUUCUGUCCAACAUUGCCAUCAAAGCCAUCGACACGGGUGACUCGGCGCCCUACAUCACGAACCCCCGUCUAAAAGACCUGACGGUCGAAGGGGAGUGCGGUAUGGAAGCCGACGUGCGCUACACGGGCAAUUUCCGGCUCGAAGUCGCAGCAACCGUCCGCAUCGACCUGGGCUCUCGUUUCAAAGCGAGAGAAGUCAACCUGGUUCUUGCUGUUGUCCUGCGAAAAUUGGAAGGCCACGCACUCUUCAAAAUAAAGCCUCCACCUAGCAACCGUAUAUGGUUUUCCUUUCAACAAAUGCCAAAGAUCGAGAUGACGAUCGAGCCCAUUGUCAGCUCCCGACAAAUUACAUACACGGUUAUUCUUCGCCAGAUCGAAAAUCGGAUCAAAGAAGUAAUCGCCGAGACUAUCGUUCUGCCGUUCUGGGACGAUACCCCGUUCUUUAGCACCGAACACAAGUUCUGGAGAGGCGGGGUCUUCCAUGAUGAUGCCGUGAAGUCUCCGGCUACCCCCGAGUCUGCCGCCGCUCAAGAGGGAGACCUGGGCGAGGUGGAACGCCUCGAGGAGACCCAUGGGGUCCAAGAGACCGACCUCCCGACUAUCGAGAAGAGCCACACCAUGCCCGUCCUCGACAAAAAGCCAUCGGUUGGCUUGUUUGGAAGAAAGUCCUCGAGUAAGGCGAGCAAGGCGGACCUGACAUCAUCUCCCUCUGCAUCGUCGACCAGCAUCGAAACGAAGGUCGAGGCGAAGAAGGAGGUGAAAACUGAGCUGAAAACUGAGCUGAAGAACGAGGUGAAGAACGAAGCAAAGGAUGAGGCAAAGGAUGAGGCAAAGGAUGAGGCAAAGAGCGACAUCGGUUCCCCUCCCCCGGUGCUCUCUGCGCCUUUCGCGCAGCCUUCAUCUCCCACAGUAGGGACUAUCGCAACCAACGCGGACCAAUUCAGGCCCUCAUCUUCCCCGCCGGGCGGGGAUUCGGCCGUCUCGGCCAUGGCAACGCUAUCGGCGACGCCCCACGCCCCCUCGCCAGCUCAAGCGCCCACCUCCAACGCGUUCAAGCCUUACAUCACUUCAAAGUCGUCCAACAUUUCGUCUUCCGGCUCGUCUAGGGAUGCCACCGACACUGAAAAGGAUGCGGACAACACACCGCAAGCGCGAAGGAACACUGUGUCGUCGACCGAGAGCCGCAGUGACGGUGGGUCUCACUCCCCGACAUUGUCUACCAAAAGUUCCGUCCGCGGCCAGACAGGCACUGUUUCCCGGGGCUUUUUUGGUCGCCGCGACACGACAUCUUCGGUCUCUUCCGGCAUAAGCACGAGCGACUCGCAGAAACGCACGGCGCUCAACGCUGUUGCGAACGCGGCGGCAUCCGCCAAGCGAUGGGGUUUCAACGCGUUCCAGCGUCGCCCCAAUGAUGAAGGGGGCGCACACCUUAACCACCUCGAUGAGAGCGCACCGGUCCUCGACCUUAGUCAGCCAAUGGGCCGCGGUCAUCCGCUCCCGCCGCCUGGGACGCCGCUUCCGAUGCCCGAGAAGAAAACAGCAACGGCACCAAUCCAGGUUCCCAAACGGAAGCCGAUUCCUCCACCGUCGGCAGAGGACCACACCGAACACGCCAAACAAGCGGGCGAGCGCAGCCCGGUACCACCUCCCCUUCCGAGGAGACGGCAACCCCAGGAUGAGGACGGCGAUGAGCACGGCAUGCUUGUGGUAACUGCGCCCGCCGAGUCGGAGCCAACGACGCCACUGAGCGCGUCAAACAGCCCUUCGUACCCUCCGCAAGUAGAACAAGUUGAGGACUCUGGCACAUCAUCACUGAAGGCGGAGGAGACAGUAGCGGCGGACGUUGUAGGGUUGGGGGUGUCGUCGCCUGAGGGGGUCCCGGUCACCGAAGGGGACCAAUCGAGCGUCGCAGCCGGGACGCCGGCUUCCGCUGCCGACGACGAGGACUAUUCCGCGUGGAUGGAUAAUGCGGAACUGGAGGAGCCGGACCUUCCUGCCAGUACGCAAGCACGAGCAGCUUGAAGCUGAUUAGAGUGAUUACGGAGUUUACGGUUACGGCCUUGGGGUUGCGACGGCAAGCAAGCAUGGCGCAUUAGCUGGAUACAUGGGCACAUUGAUAAAGGCUACCUUGUGGGAUUGUACGGGACACGGCGCACGCAUAUCAUGGCAUUAUUACGGGCGUGGGUUGAUUAUUCGAAUGCACCUAAUCUAUAUUUUCUUCGUCUUUCACCUGACAUUGUAUAGUACACUUUUAAUCAGGAGGCGUUGUCAUGCUACAAGUAGUUCUCAAACAACCUGUCACGCUUAUCACCACAGCC